AGCCAUACAAAAUACAUGUAUCAUAUAUUUCACGUUUUUCCUUUCAGCUUUAAAUGAACCUACCAUAGAUUAUGGUUUCCAAAGGCUGCAGAAGGUCAUCCCAAGACAUCCUGGUGACCCCGAAAGACUAGCAAAGGAAAUGCUGCUGAAACGAGCUGCUGACCUCGUUGAAGCUCUGUAUGGAACACCACACAACAACCAGGACAUCAUCCUGAAACGAGCUGCAGACAUCGCUGAGGCUCUCUACAGCGUGCCCAGGAAUCCUGCACAGAUCCCUGCCCUGUCCAGCUCUCCUGCUCACAGCAGUAUGAUGGGAAUCAACUCCUACGGCAGCCAGCUGGGAGUCAGCAUCUCCGAGUCGGCGCAGGGCAACAGCCAAGGCUACAUCCGUAACACCAGCAGCAUCUCACCCCGUGGGUACUCAUCCAGCUCCACACCUCAACAGUCCAACUACAGCACCUCCAGCAACAGCAUGAACGGCUACAGCAACGUCCCCAUGUCCAACCUGGGUGUGCCAGGCUCCCCUGGGUUCAUCAACGGCUCUCCCACGGGAUCUCCCUACGGACUAAUGUCUUCAAGUCCAACAGUUGGCUCCUCCAGCACUGCUUCCAUCCUUCCGUUCUCCUCUUCCGUCUUUCCUGCUGUCAAACAGAAGAGUGCCUUUGCUCCUGUCAUCAGACCCCAAGGGUCUCCUUCUCCUGCCUGCUCCAGUGGCAAUGGAAAUGGGUUCAGAG